GCAGUCGGAAAUCUUUGAUGAAAAUGUAGGUUGGGUUACACUAAUUGGAGCAAAACAGGAAGUCAUACAUACUAUACGCGAAUCACGGAAGAUACACUUUGCCCCAAACUGGGAAGUUUUCACGAGAGGUUUACAAACGUGAAAUUUAACAGCAUUUGAGAAAUGGCAGCGGAGCUUUUGAGUGUGAGGCGUAAGUUUAGUGAGAGGGUUUCCAAAGAAGUGAUCACCCAGCUCCUGGAUGACCUUUUUGAAGACCAUGUCUUCAAUGAUGUGGAAAAGGAGGCAAUACAUGAGGAGAACCAGAGCCGGGUACAAAAGGCAUGCAACCUCAUCGAUCGACUAAGGAAGAAAGGCGAUGUUGCGAGCAAGAAGAUGAUCGAUCACCUCCAAGAGAGAGAUCCCAUACUUUUCACUGAACUGGGUUUGUCCGCUGAUCAGCCAGCACAGUCAGCCCAGCCAGCCCAGCCGGUCCAGCCAGCCCAGCCAGCCCAGCCAGCCCAGCCGGUCCAGCCGGUCCAGCCAACUGCAGAGCCUGGAGAGGAGCAGGAGUGGUCAGACAGACUAAAACUGACAACUGAGGUUUUCUGGAAGCUAAAACAGAAUGAUAAAGAUGUUUACCCUGCAGGCAAAAGCAACAUUAGAAAUCGUGUGGCCCUGCUGAUCACUAAUAUAAAGUUUAAAGAAGAGAGGCGCAACAGAAAAGGAGCUGAGAAAGACGAGGAGAAUAUGGAAAAGCUUCUUUCGGCUCUGGGAUAUGAGGUGGUGAGACACACAAACCUCACUGCAAAGGAGAUUGAUGACGCUCUGAUUAAAUUCUCUAAACAUCCUAAACUCAGAGAGACAGACAGUGUUGUGGUGGUCCUAAUGUCUCAUGGGAAACUGGGAGCUGUCCUCGGUGUCGACUCGACAGAAGAGCAACCGGAUGACUUCGCCAUUGACAAAAUUUACCAACACUUGGGCUCGGUGGAAUGUCCAGCGCUGCUGAACAAGCCCAAGGUCAUCAUCAUACAGGCUAGCGGAUGUGGUGGUGGCUCUUGUUCUAUACAGGAAGGAAUUCAUGGAUCCGUCAACGUUAUUGACGACAUGAAUACAGUGAGAUGGGUGCACAAAGAAAAAGACUUCAUUUCACUUCUUUCCAGCACUCCUGGUACUGUGUCAUACAGACACAUACAAAACGGGUCUUUCUUCAUCAAGUACAUUGUUGAAGUGUUCAACACCUACGCACACGCUGAUGACAUUCGUGAGCUCUUCAGAAAAGUCAUGCGACGUUUUGAAGAUUUCACCUGUGGCAACAGGAGACAGAUGCCAACCGAAGACAGAUGCACACUAACAAGACGCUUCUACUUCUUCUCCGGCAUCUGAGACAGACCCAGGGUUGUUUAUCAUCCACUUUAUAGCCAGCAAUUAUUCUUUCUCUGGAGCCUACAUCUGGGUCACUGCGGGAAACUAACAUUUUACGGUGGCAAAGGGAAACUAAUAGCUACAAAGAGAUGAGACACAAAGUCACAUAAAAUUAUUAGAAAGUGAUGCACAAUGACUAGAAGAAAGAAAAGAUAGUGAAAACACCUGCCAAGACAAACAUGUUGUGCCUCUUUCAGUCUCAUUGUUUUGUUACUCAGCAGGUGGCUGUCAAGCAUCGCAUGCAGGUAACUGGUUUGUCCACUCAUGAACUUCACGAUACUAACAAACUCUUUGUUUCCAUUUUUAAUCACAAAGACAUGAAGCGAUGAUCAUUUUGAAGAGCAUAUUGGUACAGACAUAAACAGACUAGAAUACAACUGUAAAGCUGAGAGAUUUAGUACUGCAACUAAAGUUUUCAUUUUCAUUCAUUUCGUACAUGUUUUCAGCCCGACAUUAAAAUUUCUCUCGGUCCCUUUUCAGGAUUUGCUCUCUUUAUGCUUUCUACAUUUAGCAUUCCAGGUGUUUGAAGAAGGUUUUGUUGAGCUUAUACAUGUUUGGUUUGACAGUGUCUGUGUGUGAAACUGUGCCGCAUAGGUAAACUUGACCAGAGGGAAUCCCUGUAAAUAUAAAUAAAAUUUAUAUUAAAUAAA